GAAGGACUCCUUGUUCUUCUCCACACCUUGUCUAACGGUGCUUCGCUAGCAGCGCAGUACAACACAUACCAUUCUCAGAGAGGGAUAUGAGAACUAUACCAGCCAUGCGCGACCCCCGCUGCUUCCCUCCUUUGCUAAUCUCACUCUUCAGAGCUUCAGCCCGCAGAGCCACGUAUCCCAUUUCGGAGGCUCCCGUCGUGCAGAGUCUCCAAAGGUCUCUAUUUGAACGACUUUAAUCCGCUGUUCAGGCACGACAAUGGCCGACUCCGACCCUUGGGUAGUGCAAGAGAAUGCUACUAUCGCAUUCUCAUUACUUGGGUUCGUUCUGGCCAACGUCCCCCUGUAUUGGCACCUACGUGCAUGGAACAUGGGAUCCGUACAAUACAUCUUCUGGGUCGGCAGCCAAUGUCUCCUCCAAUUCAUCAACAACAUCGUCUGGAAAGACAACGCCAUAAACUGGGCGCCAGUAUGGUGCGACAUCACGACGAGAUGGGCGCUGGCGUCCAGCAUUGCUAUCUGCUCUUCAGCCCUGGUGAUCAUGCGCCGUCUGUACCACAUCGCGAACAUCACUACGAUCCACCUCACGCGCGAAGACAAGCGUCGCAUGAUCAUUGAAGACACACUGAUCGGCUCCGGUUUCCCUAUCCUCCAGGUUCUGCUCUACUGGUUCAUGCAGGGACACCGGUUCGAUAUCUACGAGGGCAUCGGAUGCUGGCCAGCUAUUCCGAACACCAUCCUUUCGUGGUUCAUCUAUGAUCUGUGGCCCGUCUUUUUCGGCACGAUGACCGCUUUCUAUUGUACACUGACGAUCAGAGCGUUCCUCAAGCGGCGCAAACAGCUCGCCCAAAUCAUGGCAACGAACAGCGACCUCAACUUCAGCCGGUACCUCCGCCUCAUGGGGCUUGCCGCGGUCAACAUGAUCUUCACGCUCCCGCUCGGCAUCUACACGAUGAUCGUGAACGCAUCGUCGCCGAUCUAUGUGUGGCGAGGGCUGGCGGACCUGCACUACGACUUCUCCGCCGUCAACCAGUACCCUGCCAUCCUGUGGCGCUCCAGCCUGCUGGCAGCCCGCUCGUUGGAGUUCAGCGAGUGGUCUUUUAUCGGCUGCGCUCUCCUGUUCUUCGCGUUCUUCGGCUUUGGUGAUGAGGCGCGCAGGCACUACCGGAAGGCCUAUGAAGUCAUGGUGAAGCGCCUCGGUCUACGACCUGAUCUGUGGCAACGCCUCCCCGAGGGAUGGCGUCUGGGGUCCAAACCGGCUGGCCCGCAACCCAUCAACAUUGUCCUUCCGACCAUCGCCCCUCCCUCCAAACGUGACACCGUCUACACCACGUCUGGCAAACUAUCCAUCUCGAUCUCCCUCACAGACGUCGGACCGGACGGGAACGUCGUUGACAACCUCAAGCCCCCGUGCCUAGCUUCUACGCGCUCCUCGAGUUCCCACUACUCAAUCGAUUCCGAAUCUGACACUUAUGUCUCCUCGGACAAGGACGAGAAGAAGGACGAACGAGAGUCACCUCUACCUCCCCUCCCGCUUGAGGACCCCGACUUUGUCCUCGACAUCCGGCGGAUGACGGUUCCCCGCCCAGCGCCGGACGUCCCCAUGUCCGUGCGCCACUCGAUGGACAUCGUCUGACCACCUUCCACACUCCCUAUACGAUUUAUCUUACAUCGCCGUUCUGUUCCGUUCGCUUCGUCUUCAAUGUGGGCUGGGUACAAUGCAGUAAGCUUGGCCCAGCGACUGUACUAAUCAUCGACCUCCUGUAUCGCUAGACACGAGCUACCAGUCCUUGCCACUCCUUCGAACACUGUCAAAUAGAGUGCCUCGUCGUUCCUUGUUUGAUCGACUCGACUGUAUCAUAGCAGGCUCCCGUCAUCCAAUGCUUGGACGAGGUUCAAGCUCCCGGUUGCCUGAUUCUUAGCUCGAACAAGAUUGCAGUUCGG